GAACAUAAGAUCUAUUAAUGCACGAUAUAUUCAAAUAUAGCAUAAGAAUUAAGAAUGUCUUCCAGUGAGUCAAAGCUUCCUUUACGAGAUAUCCCAGGUGAUUAUGGGUUGCCUUUUUUGGGGGCAAUUAAGGAUCGAUUCGACUUCCAUUACAAUCAAGGCACUGAUGGCUUCUUCAGGUCUCGCAUGCAAAGUUACAAAUCCACUGUCUACAGAGCCAACGUGCCUCCUGGUCCUUUCAACGCUCCUAAAUCUAAAGCCAUUGUCCUUGUGGACGCUGUUAGUUUCCCCAUUCUUUUCGACAAUUCUAAAGUCGAUAAGACGAACUAUUUUGAUGGCACAUUCAUGCCUUCCACUGAUUUCACUGGCGGUUACCGUUUGUGUCCUUUUCUUGACACUUCUGAGCCCAAACAUGCCACACUAAAAGGACUUUUCUUGUCCACAUUAGCAAACCUGCACAACAGAUUCAUACCCUUGUUUCUUAGCUCAAUGUCUGAGCUAUUUACCCAUCUUGAACAUGAAUUGUCAGAUAAAGGAGAAGCAUACUUCAAUACCCUCAGUGAUGACAUGGCAUUUGACUUCCUCUUUCGUUUGUUUUGUGAGAAAAGUCCUUCUGAAACAAGUCUGGGCUCUGAUGGGCCCACCUUUCUAAACAAAUGGGUGUUCUUUCAGUUAGCUCCAUUGAUUUCUCUAGGCCUUAAACAUGUACCCAACUUCAUAGAAGAUUUGGUUUUGCACACUUUCCCUCUACCGUUUUUCCCUUUAAAAUCUGAUUAUAAAAAAAUAUUUGAUGUCUUUUACAAGUCCAUGGGGUCUAUUCUA